UUGGACUCGAAAUGUUGUAUUUUCUUGAGCUGGUUCUUUCUGCAUCAUUGCUGGUGCCAUUCGCUGCAACUCAAACAAAUAAUUUCACAAUAAUUGGAUACUAUACUGAGUCUGGCUCUCAGUUUUUGAGUCCAGAGAAUGUUCCAUUUUCGAAGCUCAGUCAUGUUAAUUACGCUUUUGCCAUUGUGGGAGACAACUAUCGACCCGUUUUAACGGCCGAAGCUGAAGCGCUCAUACCCAGCCUGGUUGCCAAAGCUCAUCAAGAGGGCGUCAAAGUUUCACUUUCUGUUGGUGGUUAUACCGGAUCCGUUCAUUUUUCGGAAAUGGUCUCACGAAUUGAUCGUCGGUUAAUCUUUACCACUGCAUUAACUUCGUUGAUACUACAGUACGAUCUCGAUGGUAUUGACAUUGUUUGGCAAUAUCCUGGACGAAAGAGUAUUAGCUGCAAUCCCGUUGAUAAAGCAAACGAUGCGAAAAACUUGCUAAUCUUAUUACGGGAAAUAAGACUCGCAUUCAACGUGGCAUUCCUUCUCUCGCCGAAACUGCUCACGUUAGGCGUGCGGGUAGAGCCUUUCGACGUUAACGACACGCCAAUGACGGAUGUGAGCGAAUUCGCAAAAGUAGUGGACUUCAUUAGCGUAAUGGCAUACGAUAUUAAUGUGGCGUCGAGCGCAACGACUGGUCCGAAUUCUCCCUUCGAUUUUACACCGGUAAAAGGUGUGCAAAAUUCUUUUAAGCAAGCUAUCAAUUCUUGGAUCAAUGCCAAAAUACCAAAAAGCCAGCUGGUAGUAGGAUUUCCAUUCUAUGGUCGUUCGUCAACUGCAACUGUUGAUAUGUCGCAAGAUCCGACGAACAUGUACGUGUCUAAAUCUAACGUAAUACCAAUGGGUGAUCAAGAUGAUGAAGUGUCGUUUGAACCUUGUCCAGGAUCAAUAGAGACAUACUCCGGUAUUUGGAAAUAUCGUAAUCUACGGUCGCAAGGCUUGCUGACUAGCCCAACAACUGCCGGUAAUGGUUGGACCAGAUAUUGGGAUAGCGCUAGUCAAACGCCUUGGCUGUACAAUCCAGCCACUAGCGUUUUUAUAUCCUAUGAUGAUGUUGAAUCAUUUCAAAUUAAAAUGAAUUAUGGACAACAGAUUGGCGUGAGAGGCGCUAUGAUCUGGGCAUUGCACCAGGACACAGAUGAUGAACUUUUGAAUAUUUUGGUAGAUGGUCUGAUCCAGUUGAACUUGUAAUUUUACAACUGUAUGAAUUUUCUUGGAAGGAACUCUCAUUUAUAUAAUCCAUAUAUUUGAACACAAACGUGUACACAAACGGAACAACUGUAUUCCAAUCUACUGAGGAGUAAUAAAGUUAAGUAUAGUUUCCACUUAAAAAGACCACUCCGUUUAG